AUGAAGUACUUUUCAAGAUCUUUGUAUAGUCGUUUGACACCGAAUCUUGUCCGCAACGGGCCUUUUAGGUCUGACGAAGAAGAGACAAAAGAGUUCAUUGACAAGAGAAGAGAUGACGAUAACCAAGUUUCAUUUGCACCGAGGUGGCUGGUAAUUCUGUCCAUCUUGAACGCAUUGGCUUUGUUCAUCUCAUGCACACUCUUCGGCGCCUGGUUCUACAAUUACCACUUGGUAAACAACGCAAACUAUCGCCGCACGUCUGCCUACAGCCCUGUCAUGGAUCAAUUCGACCUUUCCUCCACCCUGAAAAAGAUCAACGGUUCUUUCUACAAUCGCAAAGGCGAUAUAUCUGUCGCCCGUCAGCAACCCAAUCCAUCAGCUGACGCCACAUGGGACGAGUGGGAGUUGACACGCGUCUAUCCAGUAUCUCAAUCCGAGCUCAUCAAGAUGAACGUCGACCCUUCCACGGUCGCCAAACUCGAAGAUUCGACUUGGGGUCUAGGCGAUGACGCUUACGCAGCAAUCUUCGACGUCUACCACCACGUACACUGCCUCAAUUCGCUUCGUCAUAUCGCAUACGGCGACUACUACAACAAAAGCCAGGCACGCGCGCAUACUGUCAAGCAGCGUGAGAUCCACAUCAACCACUGCAUUGAUAUUCUGCUUCAAGGCAUCCAGUGUAACGCCAACCUAGACUUAAUCCCGCUGCACUGGGUGGAAACACAAGAAUAUCCGUUUCCAGACAUGUCGAUCAACAAGAUGUGUGUCAACUUUGACGGGCUGACUGAGUGGCGGAGGGAGCAUACUAUUGAUAUGGACAAGUAUGUCGAGGUCAUGAAGAUGCCAAUGGGUGAGAAGCCGGGGAUCAAGCAACUGCCGGCUGCGGAUCAAUACUACGAGUACUGGGGUUAUGAUAACCCGAACCACAAACCAGUUGACGAGGGUGGACAUGGGCUACCAAUGGAUGUGGAUUCGAAUCUGUAG